CUCGCGACUCCUACGAAAUACAGCUAUUCGAGACUGAUUCCUAGGUCAACCCUGCAGUAAUCUUCCAAGAGUCGGUCUUUGGACUACGCAUCGAACAUGUCGGGUAGAGCCAGCUUCGGUCAGCGUGGCCGUGGGUGUCGUGGGCGCGGGCGCGGAGACUUUCCUGGAGGACGUGGUGGAGGCUAUUCCAAUGGUGGUCGUGGUAAUGGUAGGUUCUGUGACUACUGCAAGAAGCCUGGUCACGUUGCGGCAGAUUGCUACAAGAAGAUGAGAGACGAUGGAAUGCCAGUCGAACCAAGUCCAGGCUCUCAGGGGCACCGUGGCAUCGCCAGGCAUCCGUAUCAGCAGGAGUCCUUCACGUACACAGGGGAUGCUUCUGAUUCCUCCUUGGGACUGCCGGCAGCCACCGCAGCCCUGCAAUGCGGACCGAACACAGGAGGGAACGUUACUGAUCCUCGAGCGGAAGCGCGAAAUGCGUUGAUGAAGCUGGCAUCCGGUGCCCCGACAUCCGAUAGGUUCGACUUUCCGGUGCGAACUUCCUUUCGUGAUUCUGUCUCUCAAGUCCAUACGAACCAUUUCAGCAUAUCCGUUGAUACAGAGACAACACUGUAUGAGUAUACAAUUCUCGGUGCGCCAGCCGACAAGAGCAGGAGCAAGACCAAGGAACUAAUACAAGCCCUCAUCGCAAAGCGCUCUUUUCUCAAGAAAAGCAAUGACUCUUUCGCGACCGACAAUGUCUCCAAGAUCAUGUCUUGGAAGAAUUUGCACGAGACGAUAGAGUACCCGGUCAUGGACCGCGGUGAAGAUGGCAAGCCGCGUGAGUGGGGCAGAAUCCCCGUUGGCUCGGGUGAUAGGCCUGCUAUGUUGCGCUUCCAGUUCACACGCGAGGUCAAAGUUGUUACGCUUCUGCAGUACGCCAAUGCUGAGGUCAAGCCCAAGAAGGUCGAAACCUCUGAAAUCGGCCCAGCGAUCAACACUCUCAACAUCCUCAUAUCGAGAGUCGUCACGAGCCAAGCUAUUCUGCUCAGGGCGAACAAGUUCUUCGUCAAAAGUGGUCACCAACGGCUAGGAAGCGGGUCACUCUGCACAAUCCGAGGUUACUUCUACACCACCAAGCCGGGUAUGGGUCAGCUCCUACUCAAUCGGGUUUUUAAGAGAUGGACUACCUUUCGAGAUGAGGACGGCCGAUACGACGCCCUAAGGGGCUUACAUAUGUACAUCACGUAUGAUCGCAAGCACCAGGAUCCGACGAGACAAGCGAAGUUGAACAAGGCUGAAUCGCGCAUCAAGACUGUCAAAGGCUUCGCACACGGUAUUGCACUCAAGGAUGGGGAGCUGAAGGCGGUGAAUGUGGGUACCUGGGACCAGCCUGUUUGGUUCGCUCCAGAGCAUCUGCGCAUUCUACCGUAUCAGAUCUAUAAGCGUCCUGUUCCGGAUCAUCUCACUAGAGGAAUGUUGGAUGUGGCUUGCCAGCCUCCCGAGCGAAGCAAAGCACUCAUUCAAAUGGAAGGCCUGAAGAACCUUGGCGUCGACGUAGCGACUGGGCUCGUGUCCCUUCCAAACUGUCCUCCAAUCCAUAUCGAUCCCCGCCUACUUCAGGUUCCGUGCGGUCGCCUGAAUCUGCUGCAGCUCCGCUACGGAGGCAAUGAUUCCAUCGACUUGAAUCUGACCAAAUCAACUCAGUGGAAUCUGAUCAAACGCCAAUUUCUCCGCGUUAAUCGCAAAUCAACCUUCAACCUCUUUGUUUUGCUCGGCCCAUACCUCACCCAUGGCACAUCUGAUGCCUAUCUCAAAGAAUUCCAUGAGGCCGCUGAGAAGUACGCUACCGGGAUCUACAAAAGACGCGGUACCCAGCAGCUGACAGCUACCAAUAUCGACCAAGGUCUAAAAAGCGCCCAAGAGGCAAACGCCAACUUCGUGGUGUUGAUCCUGAAGGAGAAGAACGUCGCCGCAUACUCUGCCUUCAAAGACCUGGCUGAUCGAAAGUACGACAUGCAUUCGCUCUGUAUCACGGAGAAGCCCAACACGCAAGGUAGGAAUCUGAAGACCAAUUUGGGAAGCUAUUUUGGCAUCGUCAUGAUGAAGGUAAACCUCAAGUCGGGCGGAAUCAACCACGCAGUCGAAGGCAUCACCCUCCGGCAUACUUUGGUGCUUGGUGCGGACGUGACACACCCCUCGCUCCUUAGGUGCCCCUCGGUCGCAGCCAUUGUCGGUUCCGUCGAACCACUUCCGGGUAACAUACUAUAUUACCGCGACGGUGUGAGCGAAGGCCAGUACACGCAGGUCAGGGACCAGGAGCUGCCGGGGAUCGGAAAGGCUUUCAGUGCUGUGGCGACGCGAAAAGGCUUGCACCCUGUACCGGAGGUCAAACUCACCGCCGUGGUCGUCGCAAAGCGUCAUCAUGUGCGGUUCUAUCCGAUAGAUCCCAGUGAUGCCGCGCCUAGAAAUGGUAACUGCAUCCCCGGCACUGUCGUCGAUACUGCCGUUACUUCGCCCUUCUACUCGGACUUCUACUUGCAGUCGCACAAUGGGCUCAAAGGGACGGCUAAGCCUGCACAUUACUUUGUCCUUAGGAACGAGAUGGGGAUUCCAGAGAAGGAGUUGCAAGAUUUCACUCACAAGCUCUGCUACACCUACGUCCGCGCAACCCUCGGCGUCUCCUACGCGCCCCCAGCAUACUACGCCGACCGUCUCUGCGAACGCGGGCGAUGCUACCUCCGUAAGUUCUUCGUCGCGGACAAGACCAUGCGCGAGGAAUUAGACAGAAAGAAGCGCGCUCUCGAGACGGAGAAGAAAAAUGCGCGCCAAAACCAACUUCCCGCGACAGCGAGGCGCAAACGGCAAAUGGCUGCCCAAGUCGGAGAAGGAAAUCCAGCAGGAAGCUGA